AAGAAGAUGGAUCACUUACAAGGGUCGGAAUAUCCUUUGGCUGCCUAGCGAAUACAGGCCUCGACUCACAGCUGUCUGUGGCAAUGUGAUUGUCCUUGUUUGCGCCUCUGAACAGAUGAUGUUUUUAGACUUUGCUCUUGACUACUAAGUACCAGCAUGCUAGGAAUGAGAACCAUAUACCUUUUCUCGGCCCAAUGGUACUUGUAACAGACCACUACUGGUGGACCUUCGGAACGACAGCCGAUGCCUGGCCGGCUCUCGGUGCUCUUUAUUUGCAGUGCGUCAGCUGCCAUUUAUCCCUGUUGCUGCAAGACAAGAGAAUAGAUUAGCUAUUUUGAUUUCUUUUCGCAUUCCGUGUCUUCAUUGUCGCAUGUCUACAACUCCAAAACACAACAGCCAUGUCUCCCCCGCAGCGCCAGCCCAAUUUUUUAAUCAUUGUCGCGGAUGACCUUGGGUUCAGUGAUACUUCACCUUAUGGGGGAGAAAUACAUACCCCAAACCUUCAAAAGCUCGCAAAUAAUGGCAUCCGAAUGACCGACUUUCACACUGCCCCAGCUUGCUCACCAACGAGAUCCAUGCUGAUGUCGGGGACGGACCAUCAUAUCGCUGGUCUGGAGCAGCUCGCAGAGCACAUGAGACAAAUGCCAGAAGCAUUUGAGAACCGCCCAGGCUAUGAAGGGUACCUGAACUUUCGCGUGGCUGCUCUUCCUGAGAUUCUGAAGGAUGCAGGGUAUCACAACAUCAUGAGUGGCAAAUGGCAUCUUGGGAUGAAAAAGGAGCAUACUCCAGCAGCACGUGGAUUUGACAAGGUGUUCACUUUCCUUUCGGGGGCUGGUAACCACUUCAACUAUGAGCCACAGCUGGACGACCCGAGGUUCAAGCUCCCCUGGCGAGGCCGGCUUUGGAUGGAAGGCAAUGAAUAUCUUGAUCGAAAGAAAGAUAUUCCUUCUGAUUUUUAUUCUACGACGUAUACAACCAAUCGGUUUCUUGACUUCCUCAAGGACCGCACUCCAGACGAAAAAGAAAAGCCCUUCCUGGGCUACCUUGCCUACCUUGCUCCGCACUGGCCCCUCCAGGCACCUAAGGAAAGGUGCCAAAGGUACAGAGGCUGGUACGACGACGGACCGACAAAACUAGCAGAGCGCCGCGUGAAGCGUCUCAUUGAGCUUGGUCUCGUCCCGAAAGACGUGGUCCCGGCAAAGCCCGAGGGAUAUGGCAUUGAGCGAGACUGGGAUGAUCUGUCUGAGAUGGAAAGAAAAGAGUCUUCGCGGAAGAUGGAGGUAUAUGCGGCCAUGGUGGAGAUGAUCGACCAAGGUGUGGGCGAGGUCUGUGACUACCUUGAGUCCACUGGAGAGCUGGACAACACCUUUAUCCUCUUCAUGUCCGACAACGGUGCCGAGGGGAUGAUGAUGGAAGCCGUGCACCUCAUGGGGAAUGAGAUGACAAUGAAAAAUGUUAUUGACGUGUACUAUGACAACAGCCUAGAGAAUAUUGGCGAAAGGGACUCGUUCAUCUGGUAUGGACCUCGCUGGGCAUCAGCAGCCACGGCACCGUCACGAGGCUGGAAAUGCUGGCCGACUGAAGGUGGCAUCCGUUGUCCGUGUAUCGUGAAGCUUCCCGGUGCCAGCUUUAACUCACCACGACCUGACGCCAUCACGCACAAGUUCACCACCGUCAUGGAUAUUCUCCCUACCGUCCUCGAAUUAGCCGGUGUGCCCGCACCAGAAGGCACGUUUCAUGGACGAGAGAUCGCGCCAAUAAAGGGGAAAUCCUGGGUGCAGCAUCUGAAGUCACCAGACUAUACGGCAUCGUCAGUGCACGAUGAAAAUUACCAUGUCCAUGGCUGGGAGCUGGUUGGACUGCGGGCUAUUCGUAAGGGACCGUGGAAAGCUGUGUGGAUGCAUCCGCCUCGAGGGAAGUGUCGGUGGGAAUUGUAUAACCUGGAAGCUGACCCGUCCGAGCAAAAGGAUCUUGCCCUGGAGCAGCCGCUUAAGGUCAAGGAGCUCCUGGAGUGCUGGGAGGCAUACUAUGCGGAGACAGGCAUGUUCGAUUAUCCUUUUGAGUUCACCAUGGCCAAGGCCUAAUUCUAU